AUGGCUUCUUCAAUGCCACAAUCGAAUCUCCUCUCCAGCCCAUGGGCCGGAGCCCAACCCUCACAGCAACUGCAAUCUCUCUCCCUCCCCAAACUGGGCUUAUUUGCCUAUCCCAAAAAGCCCACCAAAAUAGCCAAUUACCCCAUCCGCGCCGCCGUCAACUUCAAGUCCCACCCUGCCGCCCUCACAUUCCCCCAAAACCUGCCCCUCCUCCCCGCUCGACGAUCACCGCCGCCUCCGCCUCCAACGGACGCCCCCUCCGUCUCCUCCCCUCCCCUCUGGAACCCUCUCCAGCGCGCCGCCGCCGCCGCCCUGGACGCCGCCGAGGACGUCGUCCUCUCCCUCGAGCGCCGCCGCUCCCUCCCCAGCACCUCCGACCCCCGCGUCCAGCUCUCCGGCAACUACGCCCCCGUCCCCCCUCUCCCCGUACGCCGCUUCCUCCCCGUCUCCGCCGGCGCCAUCCCUUCCUCCCUCCGCGGCGUCUACGUCCGCAACGGCGCCAAUCCCCUCCACCGCCCCCUCGCCGGCCACCACCUCUUCGACGGCGACGGCAUGGUCCACGCCGUCACUCUCGAUGGCCCUUCCAACUCCGCCUCUUAUGCCUGCCGCUUCACUGAAACCAGCCGCCUCAUCCAAGAACGCAGCCUGGGCCGCCCUGUCUUCCCCAAAGCAAUCGGCGAACUCCACGGCCACCUCGGCAUUGCCCGUCUCCUCCUCUUCCAAACCCGAGCAGCCCUCCGCCUCGUCGACCCUUCCCACGGCACCGGAGUCGCCAACGCCGGCCUCGUCUUCUUCAACGGCCGCCUCCUCGCCAUGUCCGAAGACGACCUCCCUUACCACAUCCAAAUCACCCCUUCCGGCGACCUCCGCACCGUUGGCCGUUUCGAUUUCUCCGGCCAACUCCAAAACUCCAUGAUCGCGCACCCCAAAAUCGACCCCGUCUCCAAAAACCUCUUCUCCCUCAGCUACGACGUCCUCCGACAACCUUACCUCAAAUUCUACCAAUUCUCCACACACGGCCACAAAAUCUCCGACAUCGAAAUCCCGCUCGACCAACCAACCAUGAUGCACGACUUCGCCAUAACCGAGAACCACGUAAUCAUUCCCGAUCAACAAGUUGUUUUUAAACUCGUCGAGAUGCUCAAGGGCGGCUCUCCGAUGGUGUACGACGCGAGCAAACGCUCCCGAUUCGGAGUCCUUCUGAAAUCAGCUAAAAGUUCAGACGAAAUCACGUGGAUCGACUGCGGCGACACCUUCUGCUUCCACUUAUGGAACGCGUGGGAAGAACCCGAAACCGACGAAAUCGUCGUGAUCGGGUCGUGCAUGACACCACCCGACUCGAUCUUCAACGAGCACGACGAGCAAUUAAAAACCGUCCUCUCCGAAAUCCGGCUCGACCUAAAAACCGGCGAGUCCAAGAAACGGCCCAUACUCUCAGAAGAGAUCAAUUUGGAAGCCGGGAUGGUUAACCGGAAUUGGCUCGGGCGGAAGACCCGGUUCGCCUACCUGGCGAUCGUGGACCCGUGGCCCAAAGUCUCGGGUUUCGCUAAGGUCGACCUUUUCACGGGGAAAAUCGAGAAGCAUUUGUACGGAGGGCAGAGGUACGGAGGAGAGCCGUUUUUCUUGCCGGCCGAGUCGGGAAAAGAGGAGGACGAGGGUUACGUGCUAGCGUUUGUGCACGACGAGGAGGAAAACAGGUCGAUGCUACAGAUAGUGAAUGCCGCCACGCUGGUGGUGGAGGCCGUCGUGCAGCUGCCGUCGAGGGUGCCGUACGGAUUUCACGGGACGUUUGUGAGCGCCGACGAGUUGAGCCUCAGCCGUGAGAGUUUGUCGCUCUGCAGGGUUUCGGUUUGUGUGCCUCUUUUCUACUUCUCGAAGGUUGGUUGCUCGUCCGAUUUGUCGUGCCCUUUUCCGUCAGGCCAUCGGUUUGCCGAGAUGCAGGCAACAAGCAGCCAUAGACGGUGCCUCCUUGGAGCCUAG